UGUAUCAAAUAAAACGAGAAUAUUAUUAGUUAUGAAUAUUUUUUGAUAAUUACACAAUAUAAUUAAUAUAACAUAAAAUGUUAGUUGCUUUUAAGAUCUAUAAACAUUUCUUUGUCCUUUAUUAGACAUUCAAAGUAUUAAAAUUUAAAAGUGAAAAGAAUCAUCUAAUAUUAUUUUGAAAAUAAAUAUAUUCCAUGCAAAAUAAUUAAACACCAACGGUCGAACCUCCAAAUAUAGCCGAACAAACAAAUAUUGUUGAAGCCAAUAUGAAUUUUCGCAAUGCCUCUCAAUUAUCUCUGUGGUUUUUGUGCCAUUAACCUCCACCUCAAAACCCCCAAACUUCUUACCAAAUUUCUCAAACAUUUAUCAGUUAAUCGGAGAGAAGACCCUUCACUGUUUUCUCUCCCUCAUAGGCCAUUACCGGAAAAUAAAUUUGAUCGGCCGGAGGUUUUCAGGUAUCACUGCUGAAGAAUCUAGCUUUAAGCUAUAGAUACAUAACCUAAUUUGGAAACAUGUUUGGGUUUAGAAAAGGACCUAAUAAGGACCACGAAACCGAAAAGAAAGAUGAGCCCACUAGGAGGAAAUCUGAAUCGUCGCUCCCUAUGCCCGACUCUAAAAAGGGAAGCGCUUUUGAUGACGACGAUGACGAUGAUUUUUUUGGAAAAGCAAAAUCUUCAACACUUCAAAAAAAGAGUAAAGCUGACCUGGAUGGCAUGUCUACUCAGGAAUUAGAGAACUAUGCUGUUGAUCAGGCUGAAGAAACUACUAAAAGUGUAAAUAAUUGCUUGAAAAUAGCUGAGGAUAUUAGAGAUGAUGCUAGUAAGACCCUAGAUACUUUGCAUGCUCAAGGGGAUCAGAUUCACAGGACCCAUGAAAAGGCUGCUGACAUGGAAAAAGAUUUGAGCAAGGGUGAAAAGAUGUUGGGGAACCUUGGAGGCAUGUUCUCCAAGCCAUGGAAGCCAACAAAGGGCAAGAAAAUCAAAGGGCCAGAGUCAAGAGAUGAUGGAAAAGGGGGAAAGAAAGCAAGUAAGAAGGACAGAGAGAAGUUGGGUUUGGAUCAACAACAUAAAGGAAAGAAGGCCUCUAAAGCAGCAGCUUCUGGUGAACCAAAGGAUGCCAUGCAGAAAGUUGAUUUGGAGAAAGCGAAACAAGACGACGCGCUCGAUGAUUUAAGCGAUGUAUUGGGUGAUCUCAAGGGAAUGGCUAACGACAUGGGAUCUGAACUCGACAAGCAAAACAAAGCACUUGACAAUCUUUCUGAGGAUGUUGAUGAGCUCAACUCACGAGUCAAAGGCGCAAAUAACCGUGCCCGUAAGUUGAUCGCAAAAUAGAAGAUGUGUCAUUCAAAUUCAUCUUCAUUCCAUCUUGUUGUACCUGUAAAUUUUGUAUAUGAAUAAAUUGCAUUAUUAAUGCAUAAGUAUUUCAUCUUGUAUAGAUGUUUACUUUAUUUA